AGGACCUCCUUCCUCAGAAAGGCGUGUUUAGGACUCAACUGACUGUCAAUCACACCGGCACUGAGCACGUCGCCUGAUUAUGGCUCACCCGCUGUCCGGCUCCAGUAGCCUACAGCGACUCUGCCUGGGUUUUUAAAGUGCGUUUUAACUGCUAGAGAAGCCAACAAGACAUAAAAAUGGGAAAUACGGUUGUUCGAGAUGACUUUGAGUGGGUUUAUACAGAGCAGCCCCACUGCAGCAGAAGAAAGCAGAUUUUGGCGAAACACCCAGAGAUCAAGUCGCUGAUGGGCCCGGACCCCCAGCUGAAGUGGGUUGUGACGGCCAUGGUUCUGACCCAGGUACUGUGCUGCUUCCUCGUGCAGGCUCUCAGCUGGAAGUGGCUGCUUUUCUGGGCCUACAUGUUCGGCGGCUGCAUAAACCACUCGCUGACCCUGGCCAUCCACGACAUUUCCCACAACGUCGCCUUCGGCAACAAGUCGGCCGUGCUCAACCGCCUCUUCGGCAUCUUCGCCAACCUGCCCGUGGGGGUCCCGUACUCGGUCAGCUUCAAGAAGUACCACGUGGACCACCACCGCUACCUGGGCGGGGACGGCCUGGACGUGGACAUCCCCACCAGGCUGGAGGCCCGGCUCUUCAGCUCGCCCGCUCGCAAGGUGCUGUGGAUCAUCCUGCAGCCGCUCUUCUAUGCCCUGAGGCCCCUGGUGGUCAACCCCAAGCCUGUGUCCCAGCUGGAGCUGCUCAAUGUCAUCGUGCAGCUGAUCUUUGAUGCGCUGCUGGUCUGGCUCUGGGGGCCCAAGCCCCUGGUUUAUCUGAUUGCUGGGUCAGUCCUCUGUAUGGGUCUCCACCCGGUCUCUGGCCACUUCAUCGCUGAGCACUACAUGUACCUGACAGGCAUCGAGACGUACUCCUACUACGGACCCCUCAACUACAUCACCUUUAAUGUGGGCUACCACAUGGAGCACCAUGACUUUCCCAGCAUCCCAGGGAGCCGCCUACCUGAGGUAAAGAAGAUGGCUCCAGAGUUCUACGACAAUCUGCCCCAGCACGACUCCUGGAUACGGGUACUCUGGGACUUUGUCUUCUGUGAGUCCCUGGGACCAUACUCUAGGGUUAAGCGUCACUUUCCGUUGAAAAAGGAGUAAAAGAUUGGGUUGUGUGUGUUUCUGUGAGGUUUUUUGUACAAUCCCUGAGUCCUGCCCCUUUAAUUUCACUGAAUAAGGUGUUCUAAUCUAAACUGGACUUUAUACAAACACGUUUUAAAUUUUGGUGGCUUGUCACCAAAAUGAAAAUUGAAAGAGGUUAUACCUUUGCUUGUGAAUGUCUAUUUACUUAAAAUUAAUUAUAAAAGUGUAUUGAAAGUUUAAUAUGUGAGAUCAUUAAAUUAACUCCCUCAUUGGAA